AGAAUUACUCAUAGAAUAACUUUUAUAUCGGAUCUAUCUUACAGUAUCUACCGCAUUCCAGUAUAUAUCGGAUCUAUUUUACAGUAUCCAUCGUAUUCCAGUAUAUAUCGGAUAUAUCUUACAGUAUCCACCGUAUUCCAGUAUAUAUCGGAUCUAUCUUACAGUAUCCACCGUAUUUCAUUAUAUAUCGGAUCUAUCUUACAGUAUCCACCGUAUUUCAUUAUAUAUCGGAUCUAUCUUACAGUAUCCACCGUAUUUCAGUAUAUAUCGGAUCUAUCUUACAGUAUCCACCGCAUUUCAUUAUAUAUCGGAUCUAUCUUACAGUAUCCACCGUAUUUCAUUAUAUAUCGGAUCUAUCUUACAGUAUCCACCGUAUUUCAUUAUAUAUCGGAUCUAUCUUACAGUAUCCACCGUAUUUCAUUAUAUAUCGGAUCUAUCUUACAGUAUCCACCGUAUUUCAGUAUAUAUCGGAUCUAUCUUACAGUAUCCACCGUAUUUCAUUAUAUAUCGGAUCUAUCUUACAGUAUCCACCGUAUUUCAUUAUAUAUCGGAUCUAUCUUACAGUAUCCACCGUAUUUCAUUAUAUAUCGGAUCUAUCUUACAGUAUCCACCGUAUUUCAUUAUAUAUCGGAUCUAUCUUACAGUAUCCACCGUAUUUCAGUAUAUAUCGGAUCUAUCUUACAGUAUCCACCGUAUUUCAGUAUAUAUCGGAUCUAUCUUACAGUAUCCACCGUAUUCCAGUAUAUAACGGAUCUAUUGUACAGUAUCUACCGUAUUCCAGUACAUAUCGGAUAUAUCUUACAGUAUCCACCGUAUUCCAGUAUAUAUCGGAUCUAUCGUACUGUAACCACCGUAUUCCAGUAUAUAUCGGAUAUAUCUUACAGUAUCCACCGUAUUCCAGUAUAUAUCGGAUAUAUCUUCCUGUAUCCAUUGUAUUCCAGUAUAUAUCGGAUAUAUCUUACAGUAUCCACCGUAUUCCAGUAUAUAUCGGAUCUAUCGUACAAUAUCCACCGUAUUUCAGUAUAUAUCGGAUAUAUCUUCCUGUAUCCAUCGUAUUCCAGUAUAUAUCGGAUAUAUUUUACAGUAUCCACCGUAUUCCAGUAUAUAUCGGAUCUAUCGUACAAUAUCCACCGUAUUCCAGUACAUAUCGGAUCUAUCGUACAGUAUCCACCGUAUUCCAGUAUAUAUCGGAUCUAUUGUACUGUAUCCACCGUAUUUCAGUAUAUAUCGGAUCUAUCGUACAGUAUCCACCAUAUUCCAGUGUUUAUCGGAUAUAUCGUAUAG